AAACAUCCAAUGACAUGAUCACCUCUGUACUCUCUUUCAGGAACUAUCUGUCUUGUGCAUGUGUAGAUCUUACAGUAGUGGCAAGGCUACAGUAGUGCUGACACCAAAGGACAUGUUUGUUUGGACUGGAAUAUCCUGCAGCAGGAUACUGACUUCUACUUUGUACAAGACACUUUUUACCAGGAAAGUACAUUUAAUUUCACUUGUAGACAGAGCAGUCCCUCUACCUUUGUGUACCAGAAGAAUAGCACCAGUGCAGCUCUACCCAAAGAGAACUAUGUCCAUGUACCAAGGAGGUGGGUCGAACAAUCAGGAAGAUGGCGGUGUCCGUGUUAUUGACAUGCGCAGCGACACCAUCACCAAGCCUACACCAGCCAUGCGCCAGGCAAUGGCUGAGGCUGAGGUAGGAGAUGAUGUAUAUGGGGAGGACCCUACUGUAAAUGCUCUGCAGGAAAAGGUUGCUAAACUGUUUGGAAUGGAGGCAGCCCUGUUUGUUCCCACUGGAACCAUGGGAAACUUCUGCUCUAUCAUGGCCCACUGCUGGGAGCGUGGGUCUGAGAUGCUGCUAGGAGACUGUGCUCACAUCUUUAUUUAUGAACAGGGUGGAUCUGCACAGUUGGGAGGCAUCCACCCCAGGACAGUCAGGAACAAACCAGACGGUACGUUUGACCUUGGCGAGGUGGAGUCCAAGAUCAGGACCAGUGACCCCCACCUGCCCAUCACCCGCCUCAUCUGUGUGGAGAACACACAGAACAUCUGUGGUGGGAGGGUGCUACCUCUCAGCUUUCUACAAGAGCUGCGAAGUCUUGCUGACAGACACAAACUUCUGGUCCAUAUGGAUGGGGCUCGACUGAUGAAUGCUGCCACAGCACUGAAUGUGCCACCUAGUGAAAUCCUGCAGUACUGCGACUCUGUCAGCAUGUGCCUGUCUAAGGGCCUGGGUGCUCCAGUUGGCUCUGUCAUAGGUGGCAAGAAAGACUUCAUAGCAAGGUGCGUGCGGCUGCGGAAGGUGCUGGGUGGUGGCAUGCGGCAGGCAGGUGUUCUCGCUGCAGCUGGUCUCCUGGCCAUCACAGAUGGCGCUGCCAGACUGCACCAGGAUCACGACAAUGCCAGGACCAUUGCAGAGGGAAUCCACAGCAUGGACCCAUCAGUGUUACAGAUCGACCUGAAUGCUGUGCAGAGUAACAUCAUUGUGUUUGAGCUUGUGUCACACGCCGUGACCCCCGGCCAGUUCUGUGAGAUGUUAAACACCUACGACCCCAGUGACAGCCUAGACGUGAACGUCCGUGUCCCAAUGUACCCUACGGAUUUCAAACGUGGGAUUCGAUGUGUCACCCAUCAUCACAUCAAUGCAGAAGAUGCCCAGCUUGUGCUGAAAAAAUUCCGGGUUGUUGUAAACAGUAUGGCUGGUAUGGCAAAGAAGAUGAAGAUUACUGAUAAAUAAUCAUAAAUAAAAAUACCAGCUAGAAAACUGUCAUAAAUGAUCAUAUAUGGAAAUAGAAAACUGUCUCAAAUGAUCAUAAAUACUAAAUUAAAAAUAGAA